AUGACUCCUCCAGUGCGAGCGGAACCUGGCUUGGAUGAGGGCUUAGAGGUCUGGGCAUGGAAAAGAGUAGCGAACCAAAUGCAUCGAGCCCGAUGUGAUACAAGAUUCGCAGAUUUAAAGAUCGUAUGCCAAGAGGAGACCUUUCAUAUACAUAAAUGCGUGAUAUGUCCGCAAUCUGACUUCUUUGACCGAGCCUGCAAUGGUAAUUUUGAGGCAAGAGAACUCAAAGAAUCCAUAUCCAUAUAUUGUGAGGCGAUGACCGAUACCAUCAAGUUUGAUGACGAGGACUCUCGAUUUGUUGAAGAAAUGGUCAACUUCUUCUACACCUCCGAUUACAAUUUACCUGCCAAUCGCGAGGAUUGCAUUAAUGUGGACUGUGAUGAUGGAGAUGAAGCCAUCGCUAAGGAUGUGCUACUAUAUCGCAAGGUCAUGAAAACAUCAGCCACCUUUGCUCAACCUCUUUUCCAUGUUUAUAUGUACGCCCUUGCAGACCGCUUAUUGAUUCCCGCUCUCAAGGAGCUGGCCAUCUGGAAAUUGAAAAGUCUGAACAAACCUGGCGACACCUUUUCUCCAUACCUGAUUGAUAUGGUUCGCUCAGUUUACACGUUGACACCGCCGUCGGAUCGUGGAAUGCGCGAGAUUAUAAUUGGCACAGUGAGCGACUGGAUGGAUAGACUGAGGAGUGUAAGACACCCUAUUCUUCAGCCGGAGUUUUUUGACGAGGUCCCUCAAUUUGCCAGAGACUUACUGGUAAUGGUGAUGAAUAAACUGCCGGCAGUUCCAGUCGAGGUUAAUAAUGAUCAUCUUCCUCCAUUUGUUCAUCUGAAUUAUCUCCCUCCGAGUGCUCCUCCGAGUCAUAUUCCUCCUCGUGCUUCUCCAAGACCUUUUCCUCCGCAUCCUACUCCAAUUUAUCCUAGUCGAAGAGGUGGCUUUCGUGGCCGAAACCAUCUGACGCAUAUUAUGUCUCAGAAUUCAUACCGGACUCGAUAUCACCGGGCCAGUCUCCGGAAAGAUUUGCGUGCGUUGUUUCGGAAUUAG